AAGCGGUCGUCUACGCGUGCUCCUUCCAUUUGCGUCAGAUAUCUCUUUCGAGUCACAGUCCACGUGAGAAAGAGGCGAUCAUGGAUAAACCAGUCGUUUUGGCGCGUGUAAUUAAGGUUCUGGGUCGCACUGGCUCGCAGGGGCAGUGCACCCAGGUGAAAGUAGAAUUCCUGGGCGAGCAGAAUCGGCAGAUCAUCAGGAACGUGAAGGGACCGGUACGAGAGGGCGACCUCCUAACCUUGCUAGAGUCCGAACGCGAGGCGAGAAGACUUCGAUAACCAGAUACGCAUUUCCUGAACGUGGAUCGCUCCUGCACAUGGAUUAUGGAUCAAGGAUCGUCGACAACAGACACUUCUGCCACGUGCUUCUCGAGAUCGAGAGGAUGUUGCCGAUCGCGGAACAGGAUCGCAUUUUCUUGAAAACAUUCCUGACGCAUAAGAAUUCCACGCUUUUUACAAUAAAUCUUGGCUGGUAACCACAA